GCUGUCCAGCACUUCAGCAGGGGCCGCGCCGGGAGGGGCCGCACCGGGAGGGACCGGGCCGGGAGGGGCCGCACCGGGAGGGACCGGGCCGCACCGGGCCCAGCGGGGCAGCGCAGGAAGCGGCGGCGGCGGCUCCGGGCCGGGCCCGGCGGAGCGGCGGGGAGAGGUCCCAAGGCAGCACGUGGAGCGCCAACGGGGAAGAUCGGAAUCCCAAAACACGCGGGUGCUGCUGGCGGUGAGGCUGCCCACACCAGCAUGGCUCUCUACAACAACGGGGCCGACGUGCCUUCGCCCCAGGAAGCCUCCAACGGCUUCUCGCAGCCCGGCGCCUCGGGUACGUGGCACAAGGGCGAGGAGGAGGUGCGUCUGGUGGAGCCCAGCCUGGUGAAGAAGGCUCACCGGGAAAUCCUGGACCAUGAACGCAAGCGACGGGUGGAGCUGAAGUGCAUGGAGCUGCAGGAGAUGAUGGAGGAGCAGGGGUACUCCGAGGAGGAGAUCCGGCAGAAAGUGGGGACCUUUCGGCAGAUGCUGAUGGAGAAGGAAGGCGUGCUCACCAGGGAGGACCAGCAUGGGCGCCAAAUCGUGAUCGAAAACCACCACGGGGAGGAUGGGGAGGAGUAUGCAGUGGAGUACCCCGACUACGGCGAGGGCUGCCUGCUGCAGUGCGACUGCUCGGCCGAGUGCUACCGCGAGGACAGCAGCCACCGCGAGUACAGGCUGAAAAGGCGCUCGAGCAGUUCCACCUCUCCUCCACCCAAGAAGAAAAAAAAAAAGAAAUCGGGUCACCGCCGGAGCCGCAAAAAGAGGAAACCUGGCUCGGAGCGCAGGACUCCCCUGGGCCAUGGGAACGGGACUGGGGAGUCCCUUGCUCCCCCCUCAAGGGAACCCGCUUCCCCCCCAAGCUGUGACAGCUCUUCACCCAUCCGCAAGGAAAAGAAAAAGAAGACUGGAAAGAAACACAGACGUGACAGGUCUGAGUCGGGGUCACGGAAGAAGAGAAGACACAGGUCCCGAAGCCCCAAGAACAAACGGAAAGAGAAAAACAAAGAGCGCAAGAGGUCCCGCAGCGAGUCCCCGGCCUGGCGCUCGCACCGGCGCAGCUCCUGCAGCUCCCACAGCAUCUCGCUCUCCUCCGACGACAGCGGCUCCAAAUCCCCCGGCAGGCUAAGCCCCAAGCGCCGGCAGGACGGCCCCAAGGGCAGCAGCGCCCGCUCCAGCCGCAGCCCGUCCUCCCCCUCGCCCCGCCGCUCGGCCUCGCCGCACCAGAACGGGCACAAGGGCAGCACCCAGAACGGCCGCCACAGCCACGGCGCCCCGCUCCCGGAGCCCUCGGAUAGGCCAGCCUCGGCGUCCCCCUCUCCGCGGGCUCACGGCAGGACGGAGCCACCGUCCCCCCGCGCCCGGGGGGGCCGACACGGUGCCCGCAGCCCCCGGUCGCCCACGCCGGAGCGGGUCAAGCACGGCCACCGGCAUCGCUCCCGCAGCGCCUCGCCGCCGCCCCGCCACCGCGGCCAGAGCAAGGGGCGGCCCCCGGCCCCCCGGGACCCCCCGCCGCCGCCGCUCAGCCCCGCUGGCUACAGCAGCGACUCGGAGGGCUCGGCGGGCUCCCACCCCUACCACCCACCGCUCGGCCCCGACAGGAACCACGGCGCCCACGCCAAGAAGGUGAAGGAGAGGCACCACCGGGGCCGGCCCAACAGCAGCUCGGAGUCGUCGGCCAAGCACUCCCGGCACGCCUCGGAGCGGAGGAAGAGCCCGUCGCCCAGCCCCGGGCAGCGCAGCAGCUCCUGGAGCUCCAGUGGCUCCCUCUCCAAGUCCCGCUCCCGCUCCCGGGAGAAGAGAGCAGGACACAGCCGCUCCCGCUCGCCCUCACCGAAAAAACCCGCCAGCAGAGAGAAGGACAACGAGCCCCGAACACGCCACGGUGACCCCGAUCCCGCCCGCGCCCGGCGCCGCUCCAGGAGCUACUCGCCCAUCAGGAAGAGGAGACGUGACUCCCCCAGCUUCAUGGAGCCCAGGAGGAUCACGAGGUCCCUCUCGGAGAGCAUCGCCGCCCGCCUGGCUCCCAGGGUAACCUCCCCCCUUCCUCCUCCUCCUUGUCCUCCUCCUCUUCCUCCUGGGCUCCUCUGUGUCUCCUCACACCUCAGGAUGCCCUCGGCACCCAGCCACCUCCGGGCUGUGCCUGUGUCUCUCUUUGGUGCCACUAACACCGGGCUGGGUUCACUCCUGCACCGGCUCCAGACGUCGCUGCCCUGUGUGUGUGUGUGUGUGUCCCCACUGCCCCCGUGCUCCCCACGUCCCUCCUCAUCCUCAGGCGCCAGCGGGCCGUGGCUCGCCUCCCACUAAUCCUGACCGUCUCUUUUUCAGCAGCUUUCAAUCUUUGGUGUCUGGGAAACACAAAAGCCACAUUAACCUGCUCACUUUCUGCCCUCGCCGCUGCCUAAUCCAGGACUAACA